AGUACAAAUUUAGAAACUUUUAUGGAGAGCUAGCAGGUCAUCAUUUCAUUUCACGAACUGAUCUGUUAUAAAUUUCUCAAGUAAAGCUCCAUUGCUUGGAAGAUCUUUUGGCAUAAAAAAUACAAAGGAUGUCAAACUUGGGACAAUUUGACUGCGAUUUUUACCAAUCUAAUUAUACUAUUGAUAAUCCGGAGCAGAGUUCUGAAGAUUCUAAUACGUAUGCAUAUGUUUAUGGAUCUAGAAAACCACCAGCCAGCGAGCAGCCUCCGCCUGCCUUUGUCCCAGCAGAGAUGCUCACGUCAUCAGGUUACGAGGGACAAUAUUUUCAGCCAGCAUCCAACCCGGAUUAUUAUUCACAAUCGUCUUACACUGACAGUUUUGAGGAAGAGCCUCCUUUGCUAGAAGAACUUGGAAUUAAUUUUGAUCACAUAUGGCAAAAAACCUUGACCGUGUUAAACCCGCUGAAGCCAGCAGAUGGCAGCAUUAUGAAUGAAACGGACCUCACUGGGCCUAUCCUGUUUUGUAUCGCUCUGGGAGCCACCUUGCUUCUGGCAGGAAAAGUUCAGUUCGGUUAUGUGUAUGGCAUGAGUGCCAUAGGUUGCCUGGGGAUUCACACCUUACUAAACUUGAUGAGCUCUUCCGGGGCAUCUUACGGCUGCGUGGCCAGCGUCCUGGGCUACUGCCUGCUCCCCAUGGUCAUCCUGUCCAGCUGCGCCAUCUUCUUUUCACUGCAGGGCACCUUCGGAACUGUGUUGGCACUGUUCAUUAUUGGCUGGUGUAGUCUCUCGGCUUCCAAAAUCUUCAGUUCAGCCUUGGGCAUGGAAGGGCAACAGCUUCUCAUUGCCUACCCUUGUGGCUUACUUUACGGACUUUUUGCCCUCCUAACAGUUUUCUGAAGAGUAUUUGAGAUGGCGUUUCAAGAUUCUAUUUGUUUCCUGUUCAUAUUAUCCUGGAAAUGUGUUAGCAUUCAAAUUCGGUAAUAUGAUUUCUGCUUUAUUGCUGUUGAGAGAAUAAUAAGCAAAGAGACAAAACAGCACUUAAGGCUGGUACUUUAAUAACUUGUUUGGUUUGAAUGAUGUUUUGCUUUUUGGUUUGGUGCAUUAAAACAUUUUAAAAUGCUUUAAAAUCAAAGGGGAUAUAGUCGUUGUACUGAUGCUGUACCCUCCUUUUCUCAAUGGAUCUAUUUUUAAGAAAUUGUAAGUAAAUAAAAUCAUAUGAUGACUGUGUAAAGUAAAGCAAUGUUGAGCCUUUUGAGAAAUCUUCAUGACAAUUCAAACUACGUUACUGGUUAAGGUCACCCUGUCUAGCACCUUUAAAGAAUUGCAGGGGAGGGUUAUAUAUGGUUUAAUUUACUUGAGAGCUCAAAGAACCUCCUGUUUUUCAGUUCAUUUACUAUAACAUCUGUUCUUUUGUCCUGUUUGAACAAUGCAUUAACUCAUCACUUUUCAAGGCUUCUUUCUAGGUUUAGAUGCCAUGGUUCAUAAUUAAAAUGUCUUUAUUUCCUAUGUCCUCAGUAACCUUACCGUUUGCUUUCUAAACAACCACAUGUGGUGAGAGGGAAGCCCACUUGUUUCAUUUUAAUAUUACUAUAUCUUAAAUGGCUCCACAGUUCUGCCUUUUGAAUCCUACGACAUUAUCCUACUGAACUUGUUUUCAUAACUUGCGAGAUGAUUAUAUCACACCACUCCUUCACUGCUCAAGUCUCCAAUACUCUUCCCAUAUUUCUCACUGUUGGUUGAUGAUCUCUCUUUAAAUUUUAUUGAAAAGAAGGAAAGUACUGCAUCUUCCCACCAACAGAAUAUGUAUAUGCAUGUAUGUGUGUGCAUGCACACACACACACACGCGCGCGCGCGAGUAUUCUGCAUUCCCUCCUGACACUGUCUCUUCUCUUCACAGCCGGACUGUCCACCUAUAUAAAUAAUAUUUUCCUCUUGAUCUGUGUAAAUUCUGAUCCCAGUUCCAAAGUGUAGGGUUUUUUUCCCCCACACCACCAAGCAAUGCUUCAAUACCAGCUGGACACCUUCCAAUUUGAUUCAGUUCUGAUACUGUCUACCUGGUUAUAGUUCAGACCUCACCGGUUAAGGACUCAGUCCACAAGGCUGCUCCUGGCCCCCAUUUCAGAUGCCAGUUGCAAGUCCAGGCUGUUACCUGUACUUCUGACCAACCAGUUAUAGACUGAAAGUUCCUAUGACCUCUUCCUUGGCUUUAGUUAAUUUGUUAGGGCAGCUCAUAGAACUCAGAGAAACAUUUUACUUAACUAGAUUGCCAGUUUAUUAUAAAAGGAUAUAACUGAAGGACAGCCUGAAGGAAGAGAUGCAAAUUAUGGAAAAAGGACACACAGCUCCCUUGCCCUUUCUAGGUACGUCUUUCUCCUAGUAACUCCCUAUGCUCACCAAUCCAGAAGCUUCCUGGUCCUUUUGAGUUUUUAUGGAGGGUUACCUAAGCAUUAUUGAUUAAAUCAUUGGCCACUGCUGCCUGAAUUCAACCCCCAGCCUCUCUUUCCUUCCAGGAAGUUGGGGAGUGGGACUGGAAGUUCAACUUUUGGUUCCCUUGGCAUCCAGCCCCCAGCCUUAAGGGUUUUCCCGAAGUCACCUCAUUAACAUCAUACAAAAGAAAACGUUAGGAAAUGUCAAGGGUUUUAGGAGUUUUGAACCAGAAAUAGGAGUGAAGACCGAAUGAAUGUGUAUUUCAUCUUAUAAAUCAGAGUAUCACACCUGUCACUCAUAAUCAGAACAUAAACAUAUUUCAUUAUCUCUUAUCUUAAAAUAAAAAUCCUUUGAUUCAUCGUCACUCUCCAGUGAGGGCCCAUUUCUGUCCCCAAAAUCUUUGAAACAGGUGUCUCUUGUCUCUGCCUCCACUUUAUCACUACUUAUUGUCUUUCUGUUACUGUCCAGCCAAGAUUCAUUACCCUGUAAUGAAUCGAGGCCUCCUUUGUCAAAUCAGCAAUAACCCACAUCUGGCUAAGUCCAACGGUCAAGUCUCAACCAUGCAUUUUAUUUGAACAUUUUGUUUGAAUUAUUAAUCACCCUCCUCACCAACCCCUGUGCUGAAGCCCUUCACUAGACUUCUGGGACAUCACCCAUUCUUUUUUUUUUUUUCCAGUCUCACUGAAAGUCUCAAUUCUUUGAGUGGGCUUUCUUCCUUUUCUCAAUCUUAAAUCUCUUCUGUAUAUACCCACUUACUAGAUGAGCUCAUUUAAUUGCAUAGCUUUAAAAUCUAAUGGCUCCUAAAUUUCCAUCCAUCCAGCAAUCUCCCCUAAGCUCUGAACAUGAGCCACAAGCCAUCCAAGUGCUCAGUCUAAAAACUAGUAGUCUGUUUUCAUCACUGUUACUGUUACUUCCAACGUCUAAUUCAUCAGAACAUCCUGUUGACACUGUAAUCAAAAUGUAUCUGAAAUUUGACUAUGUCUCAUGAGCUCAUUCCCUGCCAAAGUUACUUCAAGCCAUUAUCAUCUGAUAUCUAACUGAAGCAAUCUUCUUACUGGUUUCCAGCUUCCACUUUCCCCCCAGUAGGCUUUUCUACACACAGAAUCUUCAUGAUCCUUUAAAAGUGUAAAUCAGUUGUGUUAUCUCGAGUCCAGGGCCCUUCAAUGGCUUUUAUUCAUAUUUACAAUAGAAUUCAACUACCUCUUCAUAGUUCAGAAGCUUAUUAUUCAAAGACUGGUCCUCAGAACAACAGCAAUAAAAUCCUCUGGAAGAUUGUUAGAAAUUCAGAAUCCCAACCCCUGCCCCAGACCAACUGAGCCAGAGUGUGUGUUUUAACAAGAUCCUAGAUGAUUUGUAUGCGUAACAAAUCUCGAAAAGCACUAGUGGAGAGAAGAAGGCCUUGACUCAACGAUCUGACCACGAUUUGCCUUCCUGACCUCAUCCAUCGCCUGCCUCUCUCUCCCCUGUUCCCUGGUUUUAUUGCUACUUCUUAGACCACCAAGUUUAUCCACCUCAAGAUCUUUAUAACCAUUCAGUCUACCCGCAAUAUUCUCCCUUCACAUCUUUCAUAUCGUUCAGGUCUCUCUUCAUAUUUUACCUCCUUAGAGAGACCUUUACUGGUUAUUCUUUCGGAAACAGUACCCAGUACCCCUCCUUGCUUUGCUCGGUCUAUCGUCUUACCUUCCCAGAGGUCUUAUAAUUAGCUGAACUUACGUUAUUUGUUUCUUUGUUUUCUUUCUUUAAACACUUCAAGGCCAGAGGCCUUGUCUAUCUACAACAGUUCCUGACAAAAAAUAGCAGAUUAAUACAUAAUUACUGAAUGAAUGCAUGAAUAAGACUGUGGUUUGAUACUGAUUAUUGUAGUAAACAAGACAACCAAGGUGACAACCUAAUAGAAAUGGCAGUGGCAAUGGGGGGGGCAGUAGACAAUAAACAAGUAAACAGUAAAUAAACAAGACAAUCACAAAUGAAUGAGAAGAACACUAAGGUAGGAAUGUUAGAAAAGAAGGCAGGUCUUGAGUAAAUGCUGGACUUCUGUAGUUUAUAACCCAUUAAUGGGCCUCUUAGUGAAGCAUGGAAUUCUCUUAAAAUCUUAUUCUAGUUAGACUGAGAUAGUCCUACUGACUCUUUGUUUAAGAGACAUGAAGCACCAAUGUUGUUUGUUUAAGUGAUUUAUUUAUAAAAUCAUCCUAUUGCUUAGCUAUGCAUUUACAUGAUAGACUUAAAAUUUUUACCUUUCUAAAGUGCUUUUACUGAAAUAAAUUAUAGGUAAAAAUUGCUCUAAAUUCAGGAUGUAAGUUGACAUUUUCUAUGCAUAGAAAUAGUCAUAACAGAAAAGGUUUGAUGUUUUUAGUAUGAAAAAUUAUAACCUCCAUAUAAAUAUCCACAUAAACAAAGUACUAAAUAUUUCAUAAGAGCAACACAUAAGAAUAAAUUCCAUUUAAUAGUUCCUAAUGGCAAAAUCAUGAAAUACAUAAGAAUUAAUGUAAAAAUAAAUAUAGAUGAUCUCUAUGAAAAUAAUUACAAAAUACUAGAUUCACUUUUUAGGAAGGCUAGAAUAUGCAGAUGGGUAUACUAUACCCCAGGAUAAGAAAUUGAAUUUUAUAGAAGAAUAUACCCAACAUAAAUGUAUAGGUUUAAUAUAAUUCCAAUUAAAAUUCCAGAAGUAUUUUUCUUAGAAGUUGAAGAAGUGAUUUUAAGGUUAAUCUGAAAAGAAUAAGCAAAUACAUAGCCAUGAAAAAUCAGAAGUAAUCUAAAAUUUUGUUACAAUAGGCAGUGAGUCAAUUAUUUUUCAUAUCUAUGGUCAAAUGUUCGGUAAUGACAGAAAAAUAAUUUUGAAGAAUCAUGAAAAAAUACAUGUAUUAAAUUCUCAUAAGUUUGAUAUUUAGGGAGGACUUACUAUGGGUUGACCUGGAUGGUUUAUAUUAUUAACUCACUUAAUUUCCACAGUAACUUUAUGAGGUAUUCUUAUCAUUACAUCCAUUUUACAGAUGAGGUUACUGGGUUACUAAAAGGCAAAAUUACUUGCUCAAGGUUAUUUAAUCCACAACCAGGAUUUGAAUCAGGGAAGCCUGACUCCAAAGUCCAUAACCACAACCAUAAGCACAACAUAACACUGUCUUUUACUGAGCAAAACCCCUCAUUACAUCUUCAGGGCCACCAACA